GUAAAUUUUGAGACUCUGGUUUAUUUUCUGCGCGAGUCGGUUCGGCCUUGUUGUCGGCUUUGGGGAAUUGAUUUAGGACGCAAAAGAGUUCGUGUUUUGUUUCCUUCUGAUUAGAAGGUCGAUAAUAAAGCGUUAUCUCCACAUUCCUGACAUCCAGCCGGGUCUUUGGUGUUAUUCCUUUUGUAAAUACUGUUAUUUGUAUAUACUGUAAAUGAUGACUUCAUUGGGCGGAAGCCGGACCCGGGGAAACUGGGAGCAGACACAGGGUCAGACACAGAGCCAGUCACAGCACAAGCAGAGGCCUCAGGCCACCGCUGAGCAGAUCCGACUCGCGCAGAUGAUCUCGGACCAUAAUGAUGCAGACUUUGAAGAGAAGGUCAAACAGCUGGUUGACAUCACAGGAAAGGAUCAGGAUGAGUCCAUGAUAGCGCUUCAUGACUGCAACGGUGACGUGAACAGAGCCAUCAACGUCCUGUUGGAGGGCAGCCCUGACACUGACUCAUGGGAGAUGGUUGGAAAGAAGAAAGGAGUUUCAGGUCAGAAGGAAAGCGCACAGACAGAUAGAGGAGAUGAAGGGAAGGAGAACCGAGAGAAAGGAGGAGAAAGAGAUGUGGCACGUCGCAGAGGGGGGGCCCCGCGGAGGGGCCGUGGAGCCAGCCGUGGGCGAGACUUCCGUGGGCAGGAGAAUGGGUUGGAUGGGGCCAAGGCAGGUGGAGUUGCAGGCAGAGGAAUGGAGCGAGGCCGUCGGGGAAGAGGCAGAGGAAGAGGUGGAGCUGGAAGGCGAGGAGGGAGGUUUUCAGCUCAGGGCAUGGGCCAGAUUGAUAAGGGCCCCAGAUAUGAUUUUUCAGGAGAUGAGAGUACAUUUAACCCAGCGGACUACACUGAGCCAGCCCAAACAGAGGAGAGCUACACAAGCGGCAGCUCUUGGAGUAACACAGGCAACCUGGAACCCGAGGAUGGAAACCGACUUGAGUUUACAGGUGGAGAGGGAACAAACUAUCCUCGAAAGUUUGACUCUGCUCCUGGUGCUUGGAGAACUGCCACAGAAGAGUGGGGCAUGGAGGACUGGAACGAGGAUUUGUCAGAGACCAAGAUAUUCACUGCCUCCAGUGUGGCAUCCAUGGCCGUUCCACAGGAGAAUGUCACUAUUACUGCAGGACAGAGGAUUGAUCUGGCGGUGUUGCUGGGGAAAACGCCUCCCUCCUCUUCCUCAGACGCAGAACGUGCUUCGCUUGAAGGCCCACAGCCGCCGUCUCUGUCUCAGUCUUUGGUGUUCAGCAACUCAAAGCAGACAGCAUCACUGUCACAGUCCUCCUCCAGUGCUCCUUACAGCCAGCACAGCAUGCCCUUGAGUUAUUUCCAUUUAGUGUCCAGUCAGUAUCCAGAUAUGGCCAGUCAGCAUUCAGAACUGGUGAGCAUGCUUGGUAAGGGUUUUGGUGAUGUUGGCGAUCCAAAAGGAACCACUGGAGGCUCCACAACUGGUUCUCAGUUUCUGGCGCAGAUUAAGACGGCCCGAGCUUUGGCCCAGCUAGUAGCCCAGCACUCACAAAGCGGCCCACCCAAUGCUGGUCCUUCUACCUGGGAUACCAGCCCCACUACACUGGGGCAGUAUGAUAUGAAACCUCAAACAGAGCCGGUCCACAGUCCCUUCACCAAACGGCAGCCCUACCAGCCCACUUCCACUUCCUCCUCCAUGAUGGAUGCCUUCUUGCAGGAAAAAGCCACACCUGCUUCCACCACCUCCACCCUACCUCCUCAGUCCACCCCAUUGUCAUCAUUGCCCCAGGCCGUCACCACCCCUCUCCCCAAACCCUCGGGACCCACCCCAGGUCAGCAAAACUCUUCCAGCCCAGCCGACCCACAGGCAUCCAGCCCACUACCCCUGCAGCAGCACAAACUCAAACCGCAGAAGAAGAGGGCUUCCAUCACAACCAAGAUUCCAGCCCUAGCAGUGGAGAUGCCAGGCUCUGCUGAUAUAUCUGGGCUCAACCUGCAGUUUGGAGCAUUACAGUUUGGCUCUGAACCGGUGCUUCCUGAGUACGAUGCCUCGGCAGCUGUUGCCACAACAACACCAGGCAGCCAAGGCCAGAACAGCCUUUACACAAGUGCAAGCAAUGAGCAAGAAACAGCCCUGUCCCAUGCCAGUCAGAUGGAGCUUUAUGAGCCAAGAGCCAGCCAAACAAGGCGCUAUCCUCCUCCUGUGUCCUCCUCACCACAGAAAGCCAUUCAGUCAAAGAAUGGUUUCAGUUCGAUGCAGACGUCACAAUCUCUGGAAGCUGCAGCAGGCUCUGCAGUGCCCAUGAAACCGGUGUCCGAAUCGGUCAUCCCACCAUCGGUUUCCAACAUAUCCUCAUUGGCUGACCCUUCAUGUCCUCCUUCCCUGCUGACUACAUCCAGUCAGACGCCUCUGAGUGCUCUCGGACACGAAGACACCUCACCCAGCUCACUGGCCACUCCUCAGCACAAUAACUCCCUCCCUACACAGCAGAACAGUUUGGUACCUUCUUCUGUUCGCACUUCGAACACAAGUCUGCUGCACCCAAGUGUGGAUGGCGAUCCAAGCUUGCACUCGUCUUUCUCAUCGGUCUCUGGUGUGACUCCGUCUUCAGUUCCCUCACCCUCUUCAGUUACUUCAGCGGCCCCCGUUUCCCACCCUGUUGCCCCCUCUUCAUCUGUCAGUUCGGUCUCCGCGCAGUCUGCACUGGGUCCAGUCAGCAGUCUGACCAUGGGAUUGAAUAGUGGUGCUGGUGUGGUUUCAAUGGCCCCGCCUACGGCUGCUGCAUCUUUGUCAUCAUCAUCAUCUGCUGUUUUGGCCACUGCAGCACCUUCAUCUGCCUCAUCGUCUCGCAGCGCGGCUGCCUCAGGGAAAGCACCUCCAAACCUGCCUCCUGGAGUGCCGCCCUUGCUGCCCAACCCUUACAUCAUGGCUCCCGGGCUGCUUCACCCAUACCCACCUCAAAUGUAUGGCUACGAUGACUUACAGAUGCUGCAGACCAGGAUACCACUGGACUAUUACAGCAUCCCAUUUGCUACUCCAACCACAGCACUGACUGGCAGGGAAGGCAGUUUGACAGGCAACCCUUAUUCUGCUGGCGACCUGUCAAAGUUUGGCCGUGGUGAUGCGUCAUCUCCUGCCCCAGCCACGACAUUGGCCCAGCCCCAACAGACCCAGACACAAACGCACCACACCACCCAGCAGCCCUUCCUUAACCCAGCCCUUCCACCGGGAUACAGCUAUACCAGCCUGCCCUAUUAUACUGGUGUGCCUGGUCUGCCCAACACCUUCCAGUACGGCCCUGCCAUGUUUCCAGUGGCUCCUACCUCUAAACAGCACGGAGUGAAUGUCGGUGUCAAUGCAUCUGCAGCACCGUUCCAGCAAGCUAGUGGUUAUGGAUCACAUGGAUACAGCACUGGCUAUGAGGAUUUGGGCCAGGCUUCGGCAGGGAGCGGGGAUUUCUGUAAGGGCGGCUACGGCACCGCUGUUGUUGCUGCCGCUGCUUCUGCGCAAAACAAGCCCAUCAGCUCCGUCACCGGGCCCGGAGUGGGUGUCUCUGUGACAUCAAGCAACACAGGAGUCCCUGACAUUUCAGGGUCUGUUUACACAAAGACACAGUCUUUUGAGAAGCAGGGUUUCCACACAGGAACCCCCAGCGCUUCCUUUAGUUUGCCCUCAGCACUUGGGAGUGGCGGCCCCAUCAACCCUCCGGCUGCAGCGGGUUACGCUCCAGCCCCUUACAUGCACAUCCUGACCCCCCAUCAGCAGCCCCACUCUCAGAUCCUCCACCACCACCUGCAGCAGGACGGACAGAGCGGCUCUGGGCAACGCAGUCAGAAUGCUGCGAUUCAACAGAAGUCACAGAUCAACAAGUCAGGAUACAACAGCUACACCUGGGGAGGCAAUUAAUACCCUGUCCUGCCUCGUCUGGUGUUCCGAAGGCUGGAUUAGUGGAUACUUUCCUUUCUCCCCAGAUAUCUCCCCCUUUUCUCUGUCCUCCACGGCACUCCCUCGCUCUGUGCGGUCACCCUGCAGUACCAAUCCCAUUCCAUUUGGUGGUGCUGUGCUAAGAGAGAGAACUGUAAGGCGCCGCUCGAAGAAGGGGCAUG